CGGAACAUUAAGUACAUUAAUGUUUUUCGAAUUAAUAAAUGUAUAAAUAAUUUCAUUUUGUAAUUUCCAUACUUUAUUGAUCGAAUAUAAAUAUGAAUGUACCCGCUGCUUAUGACAAUUUCGUUUCAUUCUGUUAGUUUGUUAAAUAGAGAUAUUGUUUGAUUAACUGGUUGUUUUCUUUUUAAACAGUGUCUUGUCAUUUAUAAGUGCAGUGUUCUUGUGUGACAAGUAACACUUAGCUUAGUAAUUAAAGAUUUUGUUGUCUUUAUAAAAACAACUUUAUUACCAUUCGCUUUUAUUGUUUCAUCUUUACAUUCCUACAGCACUUCUAAAAUGUAUUCCAUCAAUUAUUUUCUUAUUUCGGUUAUCUUGCUUGUGAUGUUCAAUAAUUGUUUUGUUCAUUCGAUGACGAGGGAACAAAUAAAAAACUCUGGGAAGUUAAUUAAAAAGACGUGUUCUGCAAAAAAUGAUCUAACUGAAGACGAAGUUAAAGAUGUGGACAAGGGAAAAUUUCUUGAAAAGAAAGACUUUAUGUGUUACAUAGCUUGUGUCUACAAAAUGGGACAGAGCGUAAGUUUCAAUGUUAAAGGUAGCACGAUCAACCAUGAUAUGAUGCUGAGGCAGGUGGAUAUAAUGUUUCCCAAUGAUAUGAAGGCACCUGUUAAAGCAGCUAUAGAACAUUGCAGACCAGUUGCUAAAAAUUACAAAGAUCUCUGCGAAGCCUCUUAUUGGACAGCGAAAUGUAUUUACGAUUUUGACCCUGCCAAUUUCAUGUUCCCUUAAAAAUCAUAAAAUUGGAUUUGAAUGAAGAAACAUUUUAUGGAAUGAG